AUGUCAUCAAAGAAUAGAUCAGUGAGUGAUUCCUCAUUUUUCAAGAAAUUGAAACUAUCAAAUAUUAUACAUUCAAAAAGUAGUAAUAGUCAUAGCAAUAAUAAGAAUAAACAAAAAAAGAGAGAUUUAAAACAAAAUUCAUUACCAAAUAGAAGAAAAUCAAGAAAAUAUGAAUCUGUUGAUGCUUUGAUAAGACCUUCAAUAUCUUUAAGAAGAUCAGGGAAAGGUCAUCAUGAGAUUGCAAAGAGAAGAAUCUCAGCUGAAUUUAUUGGAAAUGAUGGGGAAUUUAGUUUUGCCCCAAGUAAAAGAACAAGUCAAUUCGAAUUACCUGAUAUUGUAUCUGUGAAAAGUAAUAGAACCAAAAGAACUCAUUCGCUUUGUGAAAGUGAUAGAGAAGAUAAUACAGAUUCUAUUAAUGAUCCGAAUAAUACUAAUAAUAAUAAUGAGAAGGAUAUAAAUUCCACAAAUAAUAGUAGUACCGAAAAGGAUUUAGAUUUUUCUUUUGCUCCAAGAAGAUCAUUACACGGUGCUACUGGUAAUGGAAUGAAAAGAAUUAAUACAGCACAUGGUUUUUUUAAUAUUCCUGUCACAAUAGAGAAUCAUAAUGAAAGAAAUCCAGAUAUUUAUUUAAGAAAUAAAAAGACAAAUAAUUCUUUACCGGAUUUCUAUACAAAUAAAUCUAAAUCUGAAAAUAAAUUAGAACAGCAUACUACCUCAAGUCAAACGAACAAUAAUGAAAAUACAUCAAGUAGUGGUAUUUUAGGAACACUUUUAUCUUUAGCUCAUAGUGCUGUGAACCAUGUACCAAGAAUAUCCAUAGAAGAACCAAAUAACAACAAUAAUGCAAACAAUAGUAGAAUUUUAACGGAAAGAUCAGGUAGCCCCGAAAUGUUAGCUUUAAUGAAUAACAAUGCUAGUAACAGAAAUAGUAACGAUCCAAUAAACCCAAGAAACUCAAAAUUAUUAGCAUUAUCAAAUAGUAAAGAAGAUACUCCAUUUAAUGAUACUGGAAUAAACGAUACCGUAAUACAUAACCCUGCAAACAAAAAUGCUCCAAACAUUAACAGAAGUACAUCCUUCUUGAAACAUUUAGAUUAUUUAUUAUCGGCAAGUAAUCAAAACAAUAACGGUAAUAAUGGAUCCUCACCAAAUAGUGCCGAAGAUUAUGGAAAUCACGCUCAAUUAUCACCAACAAAUGAUAAAACAAAUAUUUUAUCUCAUAAUUUAUUAAAUCCACCUACAAAUAAUAAAUUUAGUUUAACGACCCCUGCUUCCACUGAAUCAAGAUUUUCUGUUAAUACUAAUGAUGGUUCUACAAACAAUGCUCAAUUAAAUGAUGAGACUGUUAAUAAAGUUAAAUUUGAACCAUUGAAAAGUGUUCCACCUGCCAUUACAUCUCUGGGGAAAGGUAACUUAACUCUAGAUGCCUUUGAUAGUAACGGAAAUGUAGAGGAUAAAACCCUUUCUAAUGCUAACCUAUUGAAUAUGGGAAAUGGAAACCAGUAUUUACUAGGUGGUAAUAAUGAAACUUUAGAGAGGACAAAUAAUAAUGGCCCUAGUACAGACAAUAAAUUCAACACUCCAGUGCUCAUGUCGCCAAGUAACAGCCAUAUCAAUACAGAACUCCACAAUAACCAACCUGUUACAUUUGAAGGGUUGGAUCAAUCUAAUGUUAGAAAUAGUAGCUACGUAAAUCUGACAAAACAAGAAUCUCUAGAAGAAAUGUUAAAAAAAAGUAGAGCCAGAAGUAAAACUUUACCUGCCCAUGAAGCUAAUGCACAACAAGAUGGAGACAAAACUAAUAAUGAAAAGAGAAACUCCAGAUAUUCUUCGGUAUCAAAUGAUGAAGCAAUGAAUGGUACGACGAAUCCACGAAAAUCAAGAACAUUGUCAAGAAAUUUUUUGAAUAGAAGGUCAUUUUCUCCAAAUAUUAAUAUGAAGGUACCGAUUCCAGGCAUUUCUUUAAGAAACUCAAUCAAUAAAUAUAGAAACAGUAAUGAACUCUUAGAUCAACCGAGACCUAGGACAAGUACAAAUCUCUCUGGUUCCUUAACACCUCUUAUGGGUAUCAAUUAUGAGAACUAUAGAGAACUAGAAGGAAUCGAAUAUGCAAACGAGAAAAGAAACACAGAUUUUCAUAACCUAUUUAAUGAUGUUGGAUUGAAUCCAAAUGAAAAAUUGAUUAUAGACCACAGUUGUGCGUUGUCGAGAGAUAUUCUUUUACAAGGUAGAAUGUAUAUAUCGGAUCAACAUUUAUGUUUUUAUUCUAACAUUCUAGGUUGGGUCAGUACCGUUAUCAUCCCAUUUAAUGAAAUUGUUCAAAUCGAAAAGAAGACCACUGCGGGUAUAUUUCCAAAUGGUAUUGUUAUAGAUACUUUGCAUACGAAAUACGUUUUUGCGUCCUUCAUUUCUAGAGAUGCAACAUUCGAUUUGAUUACAGACGUGUGGAAUCAAAUCAUCCUUGGAAAGAGGCAUGUACGUGACAACGACGACGAUUUUGAUAGCGAAUUACUAAGCACAUACAGCAGUAAUGACAACUUAAGCCAAGGUAGCGAAUUUUAUGACGAUGAAAAUGACUCUGAUUUGCAUGACACUGAUAUGACUUCCAGUGAUGAUAUAGACGAUGAUAUUUUUGCCGAUAUAUCAGGCCCCAAAGUAACAAAACAAAUUCUUGCUUCAAAGUUGGGCCCCAUCAAACAUGCGCCAACGACAGCUAAUUAUUCUCCAGCUGAAAAUGAAAGACUGGUAAGUGAGACAGUCGUUAAAGGUCCACUGGGUAAAGUUGCUACCAUUCUAUUUGGUGAUGAUGUCGCACCUUAUGAACAAAUUUUGAAGGCCCAGAAAAAUUUUGAUUUGUCAAAUAUUCCAUCUUUAAUAGAAUCCAAGAACCGUGAUUAUUCAUACGUGAAACCAUUAAAUGCUGGUUUUGGUCCUAGUAAAACAAAAUGCCUAAUAAACGACAAGAUUAUCCAUUACGACCUCAACGAUUAUGUACAUGUUGUUCAAUCCUCAAAAACUCCCGAUGUUCCAUCCGGAAAUGCGUUUAUUGUCAAAAAUAAUACUAUCCUAACGUGGGACAAGAAUAACUGUACAAAAGUGACAGUUUACUUUUCAACUGAAUGGACUUCGAAGAGUUGGUUAAAAGGUGCGAUUGAAAAGGGUGCAUAUGAUGGGGUUGUAGAGACCACAAGAGUAAUGAACCAGGAGGUUGAUAAGAUGCUUAAGAGUGAUAUGUUCGAUAACAUGGCUGAUGGAAAGUUAUCAGAAAAGGAUAAAACCGAAGAUAUUAUGGAAGUUUCUACGUUACCUACUGCUGGUCCAACUACACAUGCACCUACAUCACCAGCUUUCAAAAAAGAAAAAACUGAUGUGGUCGUAGAACAAUCCAUGAAUAUCGCAGCCCCACUUGGUACUGUGUUUGAACUUUUGUAUGGUAAUGAUACAUCAUAUUUUUUGUCUAUAUUAGAAAAGCAGAAUAAUUUCAAUAUAUCUGCCAUCCCAAAAUUCACAAAUAGUGAGAGAGAAUUUACUUAUAUCAAGAAAUUAAACAAUUCAAUAGGACCAAAGCAAACAAAAUGUGUUGUGAAUGAAAAAAUUGAUCAUAAAGAUUUCAAUGCAUACACACAAACUACCCAAAUUGUCAGAUCUCCUGAUGUUCCUUACGGAAAUAGUUUUUCCGUUCACACUAGAAUAUUCCUAUCGUGGGGUCCUUCAAACACAACAAACAUGAUGGUUGUUACCAAUGUCGUAUGGACAGGAAAGUCGUUACUAAAAGGUACAAUUGAAAAGGGUUGUAUCGAAGGGCAAAGAAAUGGUUCACAUACAGUUGUUGCUGAAUUAAAAGAAAUAAUAGCAAAUGCUGGGUCAACAAAAAAGAAAACCAGAAAGAGAACUAAAACUAUGAAACAACCUACAGAGACGAAACUUGAGGUUCCGGCAGGAGUAAAUUCCCCUGUUGAUCUUACGGAAAAUGCAUCACCAUCAUUAAUAUCUUCGUUGAUAAAUAAUUUUGAUUUAACUUCCAUUUCAGGUAUAAUCAUCACAUUGUUCACGACAGUUUUUUUAAUUUCUCUAAUUACCCGUUGGUUCCACCGUGGCUCUGGACCAGCUGUUGUACUUAUUAGACCUGGCAGAAUUUUAAUUGAUGGAAAUGAAUAUAAUUAUGUCCCUAAUAUCAAAACACUAUAUGAAGUUUACGAAGAUGAUAUUAUAAAUUCAAAAAAUAAUAAUUAUAAAGGAUCUGAUUUUGCAGGUAAUGUUGUUACUAACUCCGAGAGUUCCAUCUGGGAUUGGCUGGAAAACCGUGGCGAAGCUGUAGAUCGUUAUUAUCAACAAAGUGAUACGACGAACGGUAAAUAUACAGAUAUGGCAGAUCAGACGAAAGACAAACAUAUACCUGACGCAAAACAACUCCAAGAAUCAAUCAAAAUCACAGAACAACAAUUAAACCAAAUGAAAUAUAUGUUGGAAAACGCAGAAAAAUUGAUUUAA